AUUUUUUGGAAACUUUUGAAUUAAUUACUAUAAUUAAUAAUUGUUUUGUCAUGUCAACCAAUUGUCGCCGAUAUUUGUCAUGUUUUGUUGGUAUGAGUGCCGACACAAUCGAUAUUCUGGUCCAAAAUGGUAUCGAUUCGGUGCACACAUUGCGGGCCAUAAAUAUGGACAAAGAUUGGCAUCAUUUGCCGACACAGAUAUCCAUUGGUCAGAAAUUACUGUUACGACAGGCAUUGGCCAAACUCGAAGAUAUUACCGACGAUGACAAUAACGGUGACAAACAAGAGAUUACUGCCAGACAAUCGAUAUCUAACAGUCAGUCAAUAGAGAUCAUCACUUUAGACGACGAAGAGUUGGUUUUGGAUAACAAUGUUGAGGUCAACAAUAACAGUGGUAAUCGGCGUAAAUGUCAUCAGCGGAUUGUUUCGACUGAUCGGCCAUUUCUAUGCAAUUACGACAACUGUAACAAAAUGUUCAAAACUAAAGCACUUUUGCGUCAACACCUGAAUUGCGUUCACACGACUGGCCGACGAAUUGUUUGCAAUUACAAUAACUGCAACAAAACAUUUAAAAACAAACACUAUAUGCGUUUACAUGAAAAACGGAUGCACGAGAAUCAACAUUCAAAUACAACUGUGCCCUUAAUUACUGUAUCGUCUGCAGCAGCAACAGCACCACAACAACACCAACCUAUUGUCGUACCUAAAGUGGAAACCAAACCGGAUAUUAAACCAAUAUAUUUGCUAUCGUGGACACCGAAAAAGUCGACUCAAUGA